CAACAGUGUCAUUACACCUAAAACAGAUGAGCGUUAGACCCAAAUGCAGUUUUCAACUCCACAAAAAUAUUGUCGAAAUGGUGGGAUAUAUAAUUGUACUGUUGCUUCUUUUUUAACUUAUUUCCUUCUCUUUGCAGAGUGGUCAUAAUCCUCUCACCCCCUUGAUGCAGGACUCCUCCCCUCUCCUGAUCUGGGUUCUGCCAGCUGCGCCUCUCCUCUUCAUCCUUAUCCUCAUCCAAACAGUCCCUCGUCUAGCAGUGACAAUAUCUAGACUGCGCGAGCGUCACGACCGCGGACGUGCGUUGUUGGAAGCGUGAGCCAUGGGGAAAUAUUUGUUUGUCUAAUAUUUGCCGUGAACGAGAGGUGACGACGGUGGUUUGAGGAAGCAUGGAUGCGCACGGUGGUGGUCUCAGAGGAGUCUCUUCUUAUGUGGUGGACUUAAACGUGUGACCAGGCCAGCAGGGCCUAACACUACACCAUGGCGAAGAUCAACAGCGAAAUCUCCUACUUAACCAGAUGCCGCUUGUCCAGUCGCACAUCGGACGAGGAGCUGUCUGUCGUCGAAAAUGGAGACAGCAGUUCUGCGGACGAUGUCUUCCAGUCACAAUUCCGAGAGGGCGCUGUCUUCAAAGUCCAACAGAACGCCGUUCACUGGUCCAGGAGCAAUGGCCAGGCUCUCUUACUUCUUCUACACGCUGCGCAACUGGGCCUUUAACAGGAUAAACCCUGAAGUACCAGCGAGGCGCGACUCUUUCCUGGAGCGCUUCAGAGGCCCCGAGCUCAAAGAAAUGUCGGGCUGCAAGAGCGACAGACAGUCCUUGGACCACAACGGCACAACACGCAGGAAGAAUCUUGGCAGUAAGUGGCCGCUAGCUACUUACAACAUGAAUAACUGCAACAACACAGAUGACAAAAAGGAAGACAAAAAAGAGGAGAUUAAAAAAGACCCAAAGGAUGAAAAAAACAAUGACAAAAAGGAGAAGAAAGAUGAGAAAAAGGAUGAAAAGAAGGAUGACAAAAAAGAUGAUAAGAAAGAUGACAAAAAGAAAGAGGAGCCCCCGAAGGAGAUCUGGAUCAUGAACCCAGCUGCAGACGUAUACUACAGGUGGCUGACGGUCAUCGCUGCCCCGGUGUUUUACAACCUGAUCAUGAUUGUGACCAGGGCCUGUUUCAAUGAACUCCAGGACCGCUUCACAAAACUUUGGAUCUUCUUGGACUACACCUCAGACUUCAUCUACUACACAGACACGUUUGUCAGGUCAAGGACAGGCUACCUGGAACAAGGCCUGCUGGUGAAGGACGCCACAAAGCUGAGAGCUAAAUACAGGACCACAUCACAGUUCAAGUACGACAUUAUUUCCAUGAUCCCCACCGAUCUGCUCUUCUUGAAAUAUGGAUACAAUAACCCAGAGUUCCGCUUCAACCGCCUCUGCAAGAUCUCCAGGCUGUUCGAGUUCUUCGAAAGGACUGAGACCAGGACCAGCUUCCCCAACAUGUUUCGCAUUAGCAAUCUCGUACUCUACAUCCUGGUCAUCAUCCACUGGAACGCCUGUAUGUUUUUUGCUAUCUCCAAGACCAUUGGUUUCGGUUCGGACACUUGGGUGUACCCCAACAUCAGCCACCCGGAGCAUGGCCGCCUGGCCAGAAAAUACAUCUAUUCCCUCUACUGGUCCACACUGACCCUCACCACCAUCGGCGAGACUCCUGCGCCGGUGAGAGACGUGGAGUACCUCUUUGUCAUCGCCGAUUUCCUCACCGGUGUGCUGAUCUUCGCCAGUAUCGUCGGAAACGUUGGCGCCAUGAUCUCCAACAUGAACGCCUCCCGCGCCGAGUUUCAGGCCAAGAUUGACUCCAUCAAACAGUACAUGCAGUUCCGCAAGGUCACCAAAGACCUCGAGGCCAGGGUGAUCAAGUGGUUCGACUACCUGUGGACGGAGAAAAAGACUUGCGAUGAGAAAGAGGUUCUGAAGAACCUGCCGGACAAACUCAAGGCUGAAAUCGCCAUCAACGUCCACCUGGACACACUGAAGAAAGUGCGCAUCUUCCAGGACUGCGAGGCGGGACUCCUUAUCGAGUUGGUGCUCAAGCUGGAGCCUCAAGUCUUCAGUCCUGGGGACUACAUCUGCAAGAAGGGCGAUAUCGGCCGGGAGAUGUACAUCAUCAAGGAAGGCAAGCUAGCGGUGGUGGCCGACGAUGGCGUCACGCAGUUUGUGGUCCUCAGCGACGGCGCAUACUUUGGGGAAAUCAGCAUCCUGGGCAUCAAAGGCAGCAAGGCCGGGAACAGGAGAACAGCCAACAUCCGAAGCGUGGGCUACUCUGAUCUCUUUGCCCUCUCCAAGGAUGACUUGAUGGAGGCGCUCACCGAGUACCCAGACGCCAAGAAGGCCCUGGAGGAGAAGGGCAAGGCCAUAUUGAUGAAGGACAACCUGAUCGAUGAAGCGGUGGCUAAUGCUGGUGCAGACCCCAAGGACCUGGAGGAGAAGCUGACCAGGCUGCAGGACAACCUGGACGUCAUGCAGACCAAGUUUGCUAAGCUCAUGGCCGAGUUCACUUCCAGCCAGAUGCGCAUGAAGCAACGGGUCAGCCAAAUGGAGGCUCAGGUGAAGGCCGUCAAACCCGAGGAUCUGUCAGAAGUGGUGGCCGACAAGGACAAAAAGGUUCAGUGAAGGACUUUACGAGGAGCGAAGGGACUUUCCCAAUGUCCGAACUGUUUUUAUCUAUUUAUACAUCUGGCCAGGUAUGUCCAGAGAAUCCUUGUAAAUGUCACGAAGAGUGAAAAGUAAUCAACGCCCACACAAAGGUUUGCAAUUGUGUUCCCCACAGUGGGAAUUUCCCCCGGCAUAUUGCUGCCUCCCACAGGUCAAUUUGGGUACUACAUCAGGUUAUGUCUUUCAUUUGGUUGAAAAUCCAGAUAGGGGGGGAAAAAAAAGGACAAAGGAUCAAGUCAAAACAACAGAAGCAAUGCCCCUGCAGUAAGUGACAUUUGAUAUUGUAAAUAUGAAUGUACCUGUAUAUUUAUGCACAUUACAUGAAGAUGUCUCACUG